AUGGGGCCUGCGCUGGAGGCACAACGUACAGAGGUCGUCCAGACCGGCGCAACAUGCGUGGACCACGCUCAGGCGUCAGGGGGCCUAAUCAUCGACAAGGAAUCUGAGGUUUACAAGAUGCUGCAGGAGAAGCAGAAGUUGAAUGAGCCCCCAAAGCAGUCCACUUCGUUCCUGGUUCUGCAGGAAAUCUUGGAGUCAGAUGAAAAAGGGGACCCCAACAAGCCCUCGGGAUUUAGAAGUGUGAAGGCUCCAGUCACCAAAGUGGCUGCCUCGAUUGGAAAUGCUCAGAAGCUGCCCAUGUGUGACAAAUGUGGCACUGGCAUUGUCGGGGUGUUUGUGAAGCUUCGAGAACGUCAUCGCCACCCUGAGUGUUACGUGUGCGCCGACUGUGGCACCAACCUGAAGCAGAAGGGCCAUUUCUUCGUAGAGGAUCAGAUCUACUGUGAGAAGCACGCCCGGGAGCGGGUCACCCCCCCUGAGGGCUACGACGUGGUCACCGUGUUUCCCCAGUGAUGCACAGGCCACACGGGCUGGGCUCCCAGCGCGGUGGCGUCCCUCUCCUCUGCGGACAGCCCGCCUUUGCUCGGUGUUUCCCAGGCUCCCUCCGUGCAGGCCCUCCUUGGGCUGACUGACUCACGCUGGCAGUGUGAGGCGGCCUUUGACGGCUAAUGGCACUGGCUCCGUUCGUGGUCCUGACAGCAUCGCCGCCUCCUUCCUCACCUUGGUCCCUCUCUGCUGCAAAUGGCCGUCAGCCCCUCUCAGGAUUUAAUACGUCUGAUACGGAUUUCCUUCUUCCCCAAUA